UAAGUCUUAGAGAUCCGAGCAGAAUAAAAAUGAAAAAAGGGUUUUGUUAAAAUUAACGUUUUGGGUUAUUUUCUUAUUUUGGCACAUUUUUAAUUACAAAUCAGUUAUGUCAACCGAAAAAUUGUUAAUAUUUUUCCUAUUUGUUUCAUAUGUAAGUUGUGUAAGUGAAUUGCCAGAGGAAUCUUGUGAAACAUUACCAUCGGAGAUACAUAUAACAAAAGAGGAAUUCGAUGAAUUGGGCAGAUUACAACGAACCUGUAAUGGUGAAGUGGCCGUAAACAAAUGUGAAGGUUCAUGCAGAAGUCAAGUUCAACCUUCUGUCAUAACUCCGACAGGAUUUUUAAAGGAAUGUUAUUGUUGCCGAGAAAGUUACCUUAGAGAAAGAGUCAUCACUUUAACCCAUUGCUACGAUCCUGAUGGAGUACGACUUACUGGACAAGGGGAUAACUCGAUGGAUGUUAAAUUAAGGGAACCGUCUGAAUGUAAAUGUUACAAGUGCGGAGAUUUUAGCCGAUAAACCAUUGUUUCUAUUUUAAGUUGAAAAAAGUGUACCUAUAUAUAAUUUGAAAAUGAGAGAGCUUAAAAAACAGUUCAAAAAUUUGUUUUGCAAGUCCAUCAUGAUUUUUUUUUUCAAUAAUUACAUAACUGAAGUGAAAAAUGUAGAUACAUAUACCUAUAUUUUGUAACAAGUAAUAGUUUGUAGUCUAGAGAUAUAGGAAAUAUUUCUAAGGCAUUCUCGUCAAAUUAAAGGUGAUACGAAUUUGUUUAUAAUACAUAUAUUAUUAAAUGUAAUUUAUUAUAAGUGUUGUAAUACUGCUUGGGGUCAUGUAGAUUAAGAUAAAUCUCGGAUUAAUAUAAUAAGUGUGUGUUUUUUGUAUACUCAGUGACGAGAUUAGAAAUAAACAAGAUCCAAAUUACUCUAAAAAUGAAAGCCAAUUUUUAUUUUAUAAAGGCUAGUGAUUUGAUUCAAAAUUACGCAUUUUACUACCAAAAACCAUUCAUUUUAUUGUCUAAUAACAUACAUAUGAAUUAUUUUAAUCAAUGAAUUUAGACGUGUUUAUACUGCUGUUUGUUUAAUUUAACGAAUAAAGUAAAUAUUCACUUACUUGCUAGAAGCUUUAUUGAUGAUGUGUCUCAUAGUCUAAGAAAAUAGUCGAAAAAUACAUGCAUUGCAAAAAAAAAAUUCCUACCCAAAUGAACUUUUCAGGGAUGAUAGGGGGCGGGUGGGUGAUCAUAAAACCGAAAAUAUCAAACAUUCACCCCUCUGGCGUUUUGCGCUAUAGGGGUUGAAAGUGCGCCAUUGGCGAUUACUUGGUACCUAUUGAUUU